CAUAUUGCAUGUAUAAUGUAUCAUCCCUUUAAACAUUCAAAGCUUCUUUAUAUAAAAAGCAGAUAAAGUCCCUUCAUUAACACACUUUAUAACCUCUUCUGCCAUACCAAAAUCAUCAUAUCCUAAACCAUCUUUACCUUCAAAACUCAGAGAGAAACAGUGUGAGAAACAUAGAAGAAUGCAUAUUUCUCACAUGCUAGUAUCCUUUGUUAUGGUUUUAUUUUAUGCUUCUGUUCUUCCUUUCACUCAAUGCACAACUUUGGAGGAGGUGAAUCUGUUCGAUAGCCACAAGAACACAAAUAACAAACUUCACAAGCAGGUAAAUCAUCACCAUCAGAAAUCAUCUGAUAUAGCAUUACAUGGAUUUAUUCUAUGGGGUUCAAUGGGAUUCUUAAUGCCUCUUGGAAUACUUACAAUUAGAGGAUCCAAUAAAGCUGAACCUGGAUCAAGAAAGAGUAGAAUACUCUUCUAUCUCCAUGUUGCUUUUCAGAUGCUUGCAGUGGUUCUUGCCACAGCAGGAGCUGCUAUGUCAUUGAAAAAAUUCGAGAAUUCAUUCGAUAACAACCAUCAAAGAUUAGGUCUAGCACUUUAUGGUGCUAUAUUGCUACAAGCUUUCAUUGGAUUUUUCAGACCUCAUAGAGGAAAGAAAGUAAGGAGUUUUUGGUACGUAGUACAUUGGAUGCUAGGAACAACAGUGUCCUUUGUGGGGAUCAUAAACAUUUACACAGGACUAAUAGCGUAUCAUAAUAAGAGAACACUAAAAAGCACAAUGUUUUGGAGUAUAGUUUUCACAGUGGAAGUCACUUUCAUAGGAUUGACUUAUCUGUUUCAAGACAAAAUGGAGUAUAUGAAAAAGCAAGGAGUGAUUGAAGGAGGUAGUGAUGAGUCAACUAUGUCAUGUUACCAAGAUGUGAUUCCUCAAAGGCGAAAUGAAAAGGAGAUGUUGCCAGUUGCAUGUGGAAAGAUAAACGCACUUGGAAAUUUGUUUGACUAAUAUGUGACAUGGUAUUGUAACUAGCAGUGUGACAUUGGUGUCACUUUUGAAAAAGUGAAUCUUCACAGAUUUUUUAAUGUAGAUUUUUCACGUGUGUUAUGAACAUGAUAAGUUUGUUUUGUGUGUAUGUGUGAUUGUGAAUACUGACACUAUAAUGUGUAGAGUAUUUUAUAUAUUUAUAUUGGAAUGUUACUUGAAAUGAAAGGGUAUAUGUGAUG